GAACGAUUGUUUCUCGCCCAUGAAACGCCCAUGAACACUCCUACAACGGGUUGACCCUGCUCCUGGGUCAUCAGAACUCAUAAUAGCGACAUGUCAUAUACAGGGCGGAUUGCCAUAAUAGCGGGUGGAAUAGGUGGGCUUGGUUCAACUACUGCCGUCAAACUUCGAGACAACGGGGCUCAUGUGGCCUUGUUAUAUGCGCCAUUUGAAGCCUCGCGGGUCAAGCAGACAUUGGAGACUGUCUUCGGAAAUGAUUCUCCAGAAAGAGUAUCAACCCACGAAUGCGACAUCACCUCGGAGCCGUCGGUAGCGGCAGUCUUCGAUAGUAUAUCGCAGAUUGAAGGAUAUCCGUGCAUUCUUGUCAAUGCAGCAGGCUAUGUAUCAGUGCAGCCGCUUGAAGAGACAUCAGCCGAGGAAGCUUUGAAGAACUUUUUGCCUAAUUUGCUUGGUCCUUUCAUUACAAGCAAUGCAUUCUUCCGUCUCUAUCAAGCCUCAGCACUGAGGUUAGGCGCAGAAAAGCCACCACCGGGUAGGAUCGUCAGUAUUUCGUCACAGGCUGCACAUGUUGCACUGGAUGGGCAUGGGGCAUACUGUGCGUCUAAAGCUGGGCUCUUGGGCCAUACUCGAUGUAUGGCAAGUGAAUGGGGUCCAAAGGGGAUUACCGCCAACACCGUCAGUCCAACAGUGACUUGGACACCUCUUGCAGCCAAAGCGUGGGCCGACGAGGACAAGAAACAGAAACACUUGUCUCAGAUCCCUACUGGGCGUUUCAGCGAGCCGUCCGAGGUGGCACAUGCAAUUGAAUUCUUGUGUCGAGACGAGAGCGGCAUGAUUAAUGGAGCAGAUGUUCGUGUGGAUGGAGGAUUUACGAUUAGCAGAUAGAGCGAUGUCACAGUAUGGCAACAUAACAACCUAAUGCACUCCAUUGGAAAGGCUUCAUUUCCUAACACUACACCAUAUAGUCCUAUCUCUUCCACAACUUCAAUCUCAGCUUCAUGC